AUGUCGUUCUUCAACAAUCUCAAGAAGGUGCUGCACCUGGGUAGCGGCCAUGAUGCGAAGAAGAAAAAGGUGUUCAGCAACAUCCGCGACAACUGCGACCCAAAUGACCAAUGGGACAUGAUCGGCGAGCUGGGCGAUGGCGCCUUCGGGAAGGUGUACAAAGCCCAGCACAAGACAACAGGCCAGCUGGCCGCGGCGAAGAUGUGCGUCCUGGACAACGAGGAUGAUCUCGCCGACUUCACGGUGGAGAUCGACAUUCUCUCGGAAUGUCGACACCCCAACGUUGUGGAGCUACACGAGGCGUAUUUCAUCGACAACAAGCUCUGGAUGUUGCUGGAGUACUGCGACGGUGGUGCCCUGGACUCGGUGAUGUCGGAACUGGAGAAGGGGCUGAACGAGGCGCAGAUCGCGUACGUGUGCCGCGAGAUGUGUCGCGGGCUCCAGUUCCUGCACUCCAGGCGUGUCAUCCACCGGGACCUGAAGGCCGGCAACGUGCUGGCCACUAUGACCGGCGGCGUCAAGCUUGCUGACUUCGGUGUGUCGGCGAAGAAUAAGUCGACGCUGCAGAAGCACGACACGUUUAUCGGAACUCCGUACUGGAUGGCGCCGGAAGUGGUCCUUUGCGAGACGUUUCGAGAUCACCCAUAUGAUUUCAAGGUGGACAUCUGGUCGCUGGGCAUCACGCUGAUCGAGUUCGCCCAGAUGGAGCCGCCCAACCACGAGAUGACGCCGAUGCGGGUGCUGCUAAAGAUACAGAAGAGCGACCCUCCCGGCCUCGACCAGCCCUCGCGCUGGAGCAAGGCCUUUAACGACUUCAUCGCCAAGGCGCUCGUCAAGGACCCGGAGAAAAGGCCGACGUCGAGCGAUCUACUCAAGCACGAUUUUGUCAGUGGGGACCUGGACUCGAAGCCGCUUAGAGAUCUCCUGCUCGAGUACAGGGCUGAGGUGGUCGAAGAGGAGCUGCUCGACGACGAUUCGGAGGAACAUCGCAGCUCUCAGAUGCAUAUGGAGAUGGAAGAUGACUCGACGUCGGUGAGGUCGGGCGAGACGCCGGACAUCAAGAUGUCGGAGGAGCCGCCGGCGGCAAGCCCCAGCCCGGCCGCGCCGCACACGCCGCACGCCCCCCACGCCCCCCACACACCGCACAGCCCGCACACGCCCCCGGCGCCGCACGCUCCCCGCACCCCCGCCAGCGCGGCCGGCCCCCCGUCCCCUCAGCCCGGCGCGCCCGCCCCCAAGCGUCCCCACGACGACGACCACCAGCUGGCUGACAGAAAGGCGCCCGCCCCCAAGAAGGAGAAAGGGCCGGCGCCGCCACCACCCGCGUUGGCGCAGUCUCCGGCCAGCGCGGCCGUCUCCGUGGCCACGCCCCUCGCGUCCCCCACAAGCCCAACUACUCCCGCCUCCACCCCCUCAUCCCUCGCAUCCCCCACGAGUCCAACCGCUGCCGCCUCCAGUCCGUCCGCCCCCGCGUCCCCCGCGAGCCCCGGCAGUCCGGGUGCCGGCGGGCGCACGUCGCCCCCCGCGCCCCCCGCACCCCCGGCGCCGCGCACGCCGCGCAAGCAGCCCGCCCCACCCCCACCCCCGCCCGCAGCGGCAGCUGCCGGAAGACAUAUCGUCGAUCAGGUGUGCCGGGAAGCCGAAAAGGUUGUCGAAGAGAAGACAGAAAAGAAACCAGAAAAGUUACAAAUCAACGAAGUCAAACCAAAGCCCGACCACAGACCAACAACCCCCGAGACAACGGAGGAAAAAAGAGUUGACAUAGAAAUAAGAGACAAGAAGGAACGCUCGCGAUCCACCUCAACGGACCUGGACUGGAGUUGCGUGCAGACAAAUAGAGUUAGCACAGAAGUAAAUAGAAUAGAAAGGGAGAACAGAUCCAGAUCUGUGGACGACAAAGACAGAGUGAGCAUAGAAGUGACGAGAGUGGGAAGGUUAGAGAAGAAGGAAUAUUCAAGGUCAAGUUCUGUUGAGGACCAAGAAGAAGAUAGAAGGAAUAAGAGACAGCAGAAUGCAGUAGAAAUUAGGCCUGUUACGCCACCAUCAGCUCGGGAACGAGAGAGUGAGCGUCGAUCUGGUGUGACGGCCGCGGUGACGGUGGUGGCGGUGAGCGCCGAGCCCAACUCGCUGGCCGCGUCGCCCGCCGGCCUCGUCACCGUCACCACCACGCACCCGCCCGUGCUCAGCACCGCGCUCACGCUUCCGCCGAACGCGGUGACAAUAUCCACCACCCCGCCGAUCGCCGACGAGGUGGUGAUCGUGGGAGCCGGCUCAUCGUCCGACGACGACUGCUUCGCACCCUCAUCCCUGGACUCGCUCGACUGCGCCAACUCUUGCAGCGAAAAGAGUCGCGGCCGACGAUUGGACAGCAGCGAAGUGCUCAUCUUGAGUCCUGGCGCCACCGCGGACUCGGGCGUCUUCGACGACAGCGUCGCCAACGGACUUAACCUGGACACGUCGCACGUGUCCGUGGUGACGGUGGGCGCGGAGGAGGUGCGCGUGCGCGACUCGGCGGCCACGCACAUCGCGCUCGCGCCCACGCGCCUGUCCCCGGACAGCUUCGACAGACGGUCUGCGUCCCGGUCGGACAGCGGGUCGGUGGCGUCCCGCGGCGCCGACGCGGACUCGCUGGCCACCACCGCCUCGCACGACUCCGCGCACCUCAACGGCGGCACCAGGGUGAACACAGAUAGUCAAGAUCUGGACAAUGGGGAGCAGGUCGUAUUAAGGCGGAACCGACAGGACCCGUCCAACAGAAUACAAAGGUCAAAGGAGGACAUCCACUUGGCGAACCUUAAAAAGAAGACGCGCAAACGCACGAGAAAGUUUGAGAUCGACGGAGUCGUCGUCACGACCACCACCUCUAAGGUGAUUUGGGGCGACGAGGAGAGCGGUCGCACGUGGGAUGAUCACGCUCUUCGCAAGCAGGAGCUUCGCGAGAUUAAGAUGCUGCAGAAACAGGAACAAAAACAAUUCCAGGACCUCAACGCCAAAGAGCACCAGCUUCGAGAACAGCAGGAUAAGAGGUUCGAGGCAGAGCUGGCGAGCCUAUGCCGCGCGCACGAGGCGGAGCUGGAGGCGCUGGCGCGCGCGCAACGCGGCGCCGCCGAGCGAGCCGAGCAGCAGCUGGAGGGCGAGCUGCGCGCGCACGCCAAGCGCCUGCGCGCCGAGCACGAGCGCGACCUACGCCACUUCCGCGACACGCUCAAGCAGGAGCUGCGCCUGCUCAAGCAGGAGGUCGAGCUGCUCGCCAAGGAGCGAAGGAAGGAAACGUACCGACAAAGGCGGGCGCGUUUGGACGCCGAGCAUGCGGAGAGGGAACGCGCGUUCGUAGCAGCACUUGCCGAUUCGGCCGACGCGGUUCUUCGGCGAGUGCACGAACACCAUCGAGAGAGACAAGCGCUCGCCGACAGGCAGUACUUGCAGCAACGGCAGCAGAUAAUGAGGACCCGGGAAGCGGCGUUGUGGGAGCUGGAGGAGAAACAGAUCCACGAGAGGCACCAGCUCGCCAAGCGGCAGCUCAAGGACGAGUUUCUAUUGAGGCGGCAUCAGAUGCUAGUGCGGCACGACAAAGAGUUAGAGCAGAUCAAAAGGAAGAACAGCCGCAAGGAGGAGGAGCUGGCCAAGUGCCAGGCGCUGGAGAAGCGGUCGCUGCCGAAGCGGAUCCGCGCCGAGCAGAAGGCGCGCGAGAUGAUGUUCCGCGAGUCGCUUCGCAUCGCCGGACCAACGGGCAACGCGGCACAUGAGGACGACCGCGAGAGGCUCAAGAAGUUCCAAGAGAAUGAGAAGCGAAGGUAUAGAGCUGAACAGCAGAGGUUGGCGACAAAGCACGCCAAGGCGAAGGAAGAACUCAAGGCUGCAGGAGAGGCUCUCCUCCGGGAACUGGAACAGUACCAGAAUGAGAAGCGCAAGGCUCUCAUGAACCACGAGAGCAGCAAGAUGAAGGCCGUCGAGGAGAGAUACGCUCUCGAGCUGAAGGAAUGGAGGGCCACCCUCGGAGAUAGGAAGUUGAGCCUCCUUAAAAUCUUCGAGAAGCAACUAGAUGACCACGAGAAAAAGUACGGCCGGCCCAUACCCGACAGGUCUUUGUACCUCGACGUGCCCUGGCCUAGGAACGUUCUUCAACAUGUGUUGAGCGCUUACCAACAGAGGACCUCUUUCAUUGGGUCGCUAUCACGGUCCAGGACCAGUCUCAACCUGACACUCUCCACCUCUAACACGCCCAACAUGGAUAGGAGACGCAGCAUCAGUCCCACCGACUACAGGACCACCAAGUCGGCCGUGACAGGCGCCAGUAGUACCUCCAGGAGGGGUAAACUCACCAAGGCUCAAAGAUACGGGUCCACGUCGAAUUUGAAGCUGGUGUCCGAAAAGAUAUCCGGGUUCUCGGUUUUCCGCGGAUCGGACGAUUUCCGACGCGAACCGAUCAUGGCGUACGGUACAGAUAUGUCCGAGAACGAACACACCGUCAACAGGAUCGAAGAGGAACCGAGAAGGAGUCUCGAAAGGUCCAAACCGGUCGACAGGGUGCCCACUUCGGCCAGAAACAUAAGUCCAACAAGGGUCGAUAAGAAGUUGAACAGGCAAAGCAUGAGCGAGCAUCUCCUGACGCAGAAGACCGAAGAGGUGAUGAAGAGGAGCGUCUCACAGCAGAACCUGAAGCAAGACAUUGCCAUGGAGGCGGUUAUGAUCGACAUGCCCUCUCUGAGCGGCAAGUACGACACGUACAAGAGCGUCAGUACACUGGACAGUAUUGACAUCGAGGAGAUAGAAGCCCAAGGGCCAACCACCACGCACUUCAGUAGGUGGGGUCCGGUGAGGGGCUCGAACAGUUAUUCUGACCAGGGUGACGUACCAGUCAGCCAACUGUCCACGUUGAACUUCAAGGCUGCCUUUGCCGCCUCAGAGAAGAAUGGACCACCAGACUCCGUUGCUUAG